GAUUUAGAGGAUAUAAUUACAUGUAUAUAAACGCAUUCUUGUGAGGCCAAUCUUUUUGAUUUGUUGAAUUGGAGGAAAAGAUUAGACGAGCAGCCAAUGCAAUGAUGAAAUAUCUAAUUAUAUCCCUGGUGAUAUCAAACCUGAUGAUCACCACGAUUGCAACAACAACGAACAACCGAGUCCUUUUAAGUAGUGUAUUGGUUGGAUCUGCACUAGCGGCGUCUGUUUAUGGGUACUACAACUUCAGUCCAGAAGAGUUGGCCGUGCUUACGACGGCGGUACUUGUUUUACACUUCCCUGGAAACCAGAACACAGCAGAAGUAUCAUGCGCAGUCCCGGGGUAUACGUAUAACUCUUUAUUGGGAUGUUAUCGUAUUCAAAACGAACCUGGAUUGCCCUAUGAUGAUGCUAAACAAGAGUGUGUCAACGAUGGCGGCCGGCUUUUGUUGGUAAAUUCGGCAGCAGAAGCCACAGAACUUGCGUCAUUACUAACGCAAGCGUCGGUCGGUGGCGCAUGGAUACAAGGUACACGGGCGACCGUCUCGUCGCCAUGGUUGACUGACGCUGGUGAACCCUUGCCCUAUAUAGGCACUUAUGUUGAUAGUGCUUCUUCUUUGGCAUUGGGAAUGGGGAUAGGAAGUGACGUAGUAUUCGCUCCGGCGGAUGUAUUUUCUCCACUUUCUUUUGUUUGUGCAAUAUGAUAUGCUGGAAAAUAAAGAACAAAUUGGAGUUUUUUAAAUUUCAUUUUCUAUUCAAUUUUUUUAAUUUUUUGAAAUCAUGAAAAAAGAUUGACUUAAACAAAAUAAGACUUCAUUCCUGACUAAAAUACUAAUUUUUGGGAACUCCAUCAAGAUUUGAAAAAUUCUUUUAGGUCACACAAUUGUUCCUGUGUAAUGGACAGCUUGUCUUAUUAUCUACAAUGUGUGUUACUGUUGCUUUUUAAUACCAUAUCAUCAAAUGAGUAUAUAACCUGAUCUUUUACUCUCUAAACAAAUAAUAAGUUACCUAUAACUGUAUUUGAAAUAUCUGAAAAUUAAGAAUUAUGC